AUGGGCUUCCCGGCGGAGAAGCUCGAAGGUGUAUACAGGAACCACAUAGACGAAGUAUACAGAUUCCUGGAACAGAUGCACAAGGACCACUACAAGAUCUACAACCUCUGCUCCGAAAGGAAGUACGACUCCGCCAAGUUUCACGAGAGGGUGGAGAGGUACGCGUUCGAAGACCACACCCCGCCGAACAUCGAGCUGAUCCAGCCCUUCUGCGAGUCGGUGCACUCUUGGCUGAAUGCCGAUACAAGGAACGUAGCUGCAGUACACUGCAAGGCGGGCAAAGGAAGAACAGGUACGAUGGUAUGCUGCUAUUUGCUGUACAGCGGUCAAAAGGCGACGGCGGAUGAAGCACUCAAAUUCUACGGCGCAAAGAGAGCACACGAUGAAAAAGGUGUAACGAUACCAUCGCAACGGCGUUACGUGGAGUACUUUGCGUCGUUGGUCCGCUCUUCGCUACACUACACCGCGAGCAAAGUGCACAUCCGUGAGGUGGUGAUGUCGCCUCCGCCAGCUUUGAACGCCGCCCACUGCACUUUGGAGAUCACUGUCGCUCAGGCGAAGCCUUCUAUGCUCAAGACAUGCCUAGGCAGCCACGAGAUGCGCCGAGGGGAGCGAUGUGUGCGCGUGUGUCCUCUCGCAUGCACGCCACUCAGCGGGGAUGUGCGCCUGGACGUCUACGCGAAGCAGAAGAUGAUGAUGCGCAAGGAGCGGCUGUUCCAUCUCUGGUUCAACACGUUCUUUGUCACCGCGUGCGUUGGCUCGCAGCCGGUGCCCUCGCCACACGACAGUCCUAAUCUGGAGACGUUCAAGCUGACUUUGAACAAGUGGGAACUAGACGACGCGCACAAGGACAAGCAGCAUAAACUGUACAGCGAAGACUUUAAGGUGGAGAUAAUAAUCCAGAAGCAGCCGGAGACGUCCAAGUUCAGCGGGCACUGCCAACGGCCCCCCUCCCCGCCCUCUUCUACUUCGUCCUCUUGCUCCGAGCCGGACACGGAGCCCGACGCCCACUGGGACUCUGGUGAGACGCCCCACUCACAACACUCGUACAAACUGAUAGACACGCCCACCUGCCAAUCGCUUAAGGACUGCGACUGGUGCCACUCCUGCAAAGAUACCCCCUCGGACGUCAGCUGUGAGUCGAGGUUCGAUUUCCCGUUACCGGUAACCGGUAAACCGGAUUGCACCUGCGAACCAAAACCGGAUUCGAAACCGUACCGCUACGAGAUCGAUUGCGAUUGUAAAAUCGCGUCGGAUAUCAGCAACGUCAGCUCGAAGUCGUGCGAUUCGUGUUUGAACGGGUCCUGCAAUUGUAUAGGUUAUAAGAGCGAGCGCCCAAAGUUUUCACCGAUAGAUUACACUUAUGCCAUCUAUUCGGAAACGGGUUAUUUCGAUACGAAAAAGGAGGCCGAGGCCGACAAGGCCGGUAUACCGAAGGUCGGCUCGGAUCAGUCGAUGUCCGGCGGGGACGAGAAACGAUCUAAGCCCCGGCUCUCUUUGGGCGACAUGAGGGCCUCGUGGCGGGAGUUUAGCGGGAAAUUCGGUGAGAGCAGAAAGAAGAAGAACAAACACGACUGCUGA